CGGUGUUACGGAGUCGAGCUUCGCGAAAUCCACCGUUCGCCAAAGUCGCUGCUGGCUCUUUCCUUUGGACAGUGUGCGCGACCAGUGACCGAUAUCUCGAUCGGAUGUCAUCGUUGGACCUAAUGUCUCACAUAAUGACCACUUCCGUCGUAAAAACGAAGGCGGAACACAGAAAGGAUGGAACGUAUAUCCACGGGAACUCGAUCGAGUCGUUCUACGACGACUCGGUGAUACUAAUUACCGGGGGGACAGGUUUCUUGGGAAAAGCACUUGUGGAAAAGCUGUUGCGCUCUUGUUCCAGCCUAGCGGCGAUUUUUCUACUGAUUCGCCCGAAGAAGGACCAGACGGUCGAUCAAAGACUGAAGCAUUUGCUACAGAAUCCCAUCUUUGAGAAACUUCGAACGGAGAAUCCAGCUGCGUUCAAAAAACUCCGGCCGGUAAAGGGCGACGUGACUUUACCGGAUCUUGGUCUCUCGCCGGAGGACAGGGAAACGUUAACGCAAAAAGUGACCAUAGUGUUUCAUAGCGCGGCCACUGUGAGAUUCGAUGAGCCGUUAAAAGUGGCGAUAAAUAUGAACACAAAGGGCACUGAUCGUGUUUUAGAACUGUGCAAGAGCAUAAAGAACCUAGUCAGCUUGGUCCACGUCAGUACAGCUUACAGUAACGCGAACCGGAACGAAAUCAGCGAAUCUGUUUAUUUCUCAGAGGUGAAACCUUCCACGAUGAUAGACAUGUGCGACAAUUUGGACAACGACACGAUAAAUGUGAUCGAGAAGAAAAUUUUGGAGAAACAUCCGAACACGUACACCUUCACCAAGAGUCUCACGGAGCAACUGAUAGUAUUGAAAGCUUCUGAUCUGCCAGUGGCUAUUGUCAGGCCAAGCAUAGUCGCCGCGUCGCAGAAGGAUCCAUACCCUGGAUGGGUGGACAAUUCUGCCGGACUCACGGGUUUCAUGAAAGAAAUCCUCAAAGGUAUCUACAGAAUAGUUAUGUGCGACAAGAAGAUGUACCUCGACGUGGUUCCCGUUGACUAUGUUAUCGACACGUUGAUCUGCGUCGCGUGGCACAGCACGAUGCAGCGGAGCAGUUCCGUUCCGAUUUACAACUGCACCUGUAAGGAUCCCCCGAGGUGGGGCCAUUUCUGGAACCUUACCCUAAAAUACGCCGUUGAAACGCCAUCGACGCAUCUCGCGUGGUAUCCAGGCGUGACGAACGUGAAAUACAGAUCUGUAUAUGAAUUCUUUAAAUUCAUUGUCUAUUAUUGCCCAGCGUUUCUCAUGGAUUCCGUUCUUAGACUUGUGGGUCAGAAGCCCUGGGUUUACAAAUACGUCACGCAUGUUAAUCGUAUCGUACAGACUGGGGCGUUCUUCGGUUUGAACCAAUGGAAGUUCCACAGAGACAAUAUGGACGAUCUAACGAAGAAACUGAAAGCACUGAAGGAUUAUGAUAACUUCAACGUCGACUUGCGUGAUUAUGACAUGGACAUCUUCGUACGUAACUACGUGUCCGGGAUUAAGAAGUUCAUUAUGCAGGAAAAACCUUCGACCGACACUAACAUGCAAAGGCGAAUGUUAAUACUCUACUUUCUACAUCGUUUCAUCCAAGUGUCGGGUAUAAUCGUGUUAGUGGUACUGAUAAAACGCUUCAGUCAUUGACCACAACAUUCGGUUAUUCUUGUUCAGGCCGUGAAAAAGUGUGAAUUUGUGAAGAAAAAAAAAUUAUCAACCGCUUCAUCCUAGUAUCAUUCAUAUAUUAUCUCUCAUUACUUGCCUGUUAUUAGUGUUUGUUAGAUACUGUGAUGAGCGAUAUUAUAGUGCACAUGGCUUAUUUAUUCGAUAUUCCGUUCUUACUUUCAUAUCGUGGAAUAUACAGCUCAAUAAGCUUGAAAAAUUGUUGUGGUACUGUUCUCGAACGCACUGGAUGAGAAAGACUUCUUUUUCCAAACUAUCUUACUCAAAAUGUUUAAUGUAUAUUCCUACAACAUA